AUGUCCGACGAGGAGGAGGACUAUAUGUCCAUGAUCAUUGAAGAGCCCACUCAAAAAGAGACCUUCACUCAACGUAAACGUCGUGAACAGCGAGAGGCCGAAGCCCGUGGUCGAGUCCCCUCCAAAGCCGAACGCGCCGCCCAAGAAGCCGCCCGCCGCGAUGAAGCCCUUGCAAAAAGCACCCUGGACCCAGCCAACAAGGGUUUCCAGAUGAUGGCCAAACUAGGCUUCAAACCCGGUGAAUCACUCGGUAAACGUGAUCCUCCCGGUCCCUCGACGGCAUCGACGACGACAGGGUCCGACCCGUCUUCAACACAUCGUCCGGCCACCGCCCGCGCAGAACCAUUGAAUCUCAUUUUCAAAGAGGGCCGAGGCGGAAUUGGCCUGGACAGUGAAAAGAAGCGGAAAAUCCGGGAGGAGGCGGCAGAGGCAACUAAGAAGAUUAAACAGGACGAGGGAGAUUAUCGAGAUCGGGUGCGCGAGGAACGAGAGACUCGACGCGCCGAGGCGCACGUUCGAGCUGCGCAGAAAGUUGCGGAGCGGUUGGAUGCCGAGGCGGAGAAUGAGGCUGAGAAUGCAUCUCAAGCUGGACCUGGAGAUAAGGGGGAGGGGGACGUUCGCGAAGACGAGACACCAAAGACACGAACGCAGUCUACGGCUGGUGACGUGAUUGACAGCGACGAAGACGACAUACCCGACCGGGCCAAUUCGCAGGACGAAUCUCGCAAGGCGGGCGCGACGAAAAAGAAGCACUACAAACCGACUGCUCAACUUAAUGUUCUUUACCGUGGUUUAGUUCGCGAGCGCGAAGAACGCGAACGAUCUAUUCAAGCCCGUCACGUCCUUCAAACAUCAUUACCAUCUUCAUUCUUUCCUCGGGCGAAAUUACCGGGCUACACGGAUGUUACCCUGGAUGGGGAUGAUCAGCAGGCACUCGGUACGAGGGAACCGUAUACUGCGAUUGUGGAGCAGGAGGUGGAAGAGGAGGAUCCCGAGUUGGAUGCUUUUAAUGCCCUUGAGCCGGCGGAGCGGUUGCGCAGGUUGGUGAUGUAUCUGCGGGAGACGUACCGCUAUUGCUUUUGGUGCAAGCAUCGCUAUGAAACGGAUGAUGAGCUGGAGGGUUGUCCGGGGUUGACGGAGGAGGAUCAUGAUUGA